AUGGAAGAUGGAAACAAUAUAAAUACUAUUAUCAGGCAAUUUAUAGCACAAUGUGAUACUAAAAAAUUCAUUGAUUCUAUGGGAGACUUUUAAGAACAAAAAUAAUUAGAUAAUAGAAUAGAUUAAUUUAGAUUUAGAAUAAAAAAGAUUAAGAAUAAAUCAUAUUUUUAAGUUAUAAAAGUGUUUCUAUAAUAUCAGCUAGAGAGUUUAUCUAUUUCAAAAAAACUAAAUUAAUUGAUGAGAUUAAUGAUAUAUGGUGUGAUAUAAGUAAGUCUAUUGAUAAUAAUAAAAUUUGUUUUUGAAUUAUUUAUUUAAGUGGAUAUUUAAUUUGACCUCUCAAAAAUAUUUUAAAACUUGAUAUAUAUUCCAAAAAGUAAAUACUUCAAUUAGAUAAUAGAUUUGCCUCAUUAACUUAGAAAGUUGAGAGUUAUUCAUUUGUAUCAUUGUGUUGAUAAUGUGACUUUAAAUUGA